GCAACUAUCAGAUUCGAGGGGGGAGCAAAAGAGCAGGAGUGAGCAAAACAAAGAGCGAGUGUGGGCCGUGGUGACUUCAUGCCUCACCAAUGUCCCGCCCACGCUACUCUGAGCUGGAGCUGUUUGCUGCUUCUGCUGCUGCUGCUUCUGCUGCUGCUGUCCUGGGCCGCCACUGCGCUUGCUGGCGACCCUAGCAAGGAGCACUGUAGCGUGGGGAGGUUUCCUAGCAACUCUCAGCUCGGAGCAAGCCCAGCCACCCGAAAGCUGGGAGCCCCCACGGGGGACCACUGAACUAAAGCGCCCCAUCCUUGCCCAUCGCCUGCCUCUCUUCCCUCUCAUCUUCUCCGGGUACAGCCCAGAACGCAUCAGCUGCCAGGGUUCUGGGUGGCCAGACGCCUGAGCCGACUGAGUCCGAGAAAGGACAAGGGUACGCAACUCCCUCCCAGCGAGGUGCGUGGAACGUACCCUUUUAGCCUAGUAGGCAACCGGGAUGCCUUGUUCGUUGCCCGCGGGUGCAGACCGGAGCUUCUAGGGAGCUCGCAGAGCUGCUCUCCCAAGCUGCUGGCACCCGUGUCUCCUCUCCCGACUAUCGGGACGCUGCCGCCUUGACUUCGGCUAGCUGCGACUAAGUGGAGUUGGCCUCUCUGCCCACCUGUGGAAGAAGCUAGCGUCGACUGACGCGCCAUCAACUUCCCCACCCCCUUAGCCGUCUAGCCGUCCCCUCCCACUAAAGCAGAAUCACCCUGUGAAUUACAUUAGGGUGGUUUUCCCCCCAGCCUCAGGCUUUGUUUGGGUUUGAUUGUGUUUGGCUCUUCGCUAAGCUGAUUUAUGCAGCAGAGCCCCAUCGGCUGGGGAGAAACAAAAGCUCUUUUCUUUGUCUGGGAGCGGACUGUGGAGCCCGUACUUGCUUCGCCCCCGCGGGCCAUCGGCUGUCCAAGGAGGUGCUUUUGGUUGAGACUGCAAGCCCCGCUGUGCGGAGCUGGGAGGGCCUCAGGGGCCCUGAGAUGCGGAGAGCUGCCCUGGCCCGAAUACCUGUAUCGCCUACUCAGAGCAACUGGGUCGGUCAACCCGGCCUGUCGAAAAGAUCCUAGAGACUCUCAGCCCACCGGCCUCAAGGUGCGCUCUCAAGUCGCGAGAGCGCAUCAGGAAAGCAAGGAGGCAGUAGGCACGGGGCGGGCUGCUUUGCAUGAUGUGCGGCUCGGCCCUGGCUUUUCUGACUGCUGCACUGCUCUCCCUGCACAACUGCCAGCGACGUCCAGCCUUGGUUCUUGGGGCGGCCUGGGUAUUUUCACUUGUUCUCGGACUGGGCCAAAGUGAACACAAUAGAUGUGGCUCUGCAAAUGUGGUCUCCUGUGCCAAGUGCCUCCAGCUGGGUCCAGAAUGCGGAUGGUGUGUUCAAGAGGAUUUUGUUUCAGGUGGAUCAAGAAGUGAACGUUGUGAUACUGUUUCCAAAUUGAUAAGCAAAGGCUGUCCAGUUGAUUCAAUAGAAUACCUGUCUGUGCAUGUAGUAACAUCAAGUGAAAAUGAAAUCAAUACCCAAGUGACACCAGGAGAAGUCUCAAUCCAACUGCAUCCAGGAGCCGAAGCUAAUUUUAUGUUAAAAAUCCGUCCUCUGAAGAAAUACCCCGUGGAUCUUUAUUAUCUGGUUGAUGUGUCAGCAUCAAUGCACAAUAAUAUAGAAAAAUUGAAUUCUGUUGGAAACGAUUUAUCUAAAAAAAUGGCCCUUUUUUCCCGUGAUUUCCGUCUUGGUUUUGGCUCAUAUGUGGAUAAAACUGUCUCACCAUACAUUAGUAUCCAUCCGGAAAGGAUCCACAAUCAGUGCAGUGACUACAAUUUAGACUGUAUGCCUCCCCAUGGAUACAUUCAUGUGCUGUCUCUGACAGAAAACAUCACUGAGUUUGAAAAAGCAGUCCACAGACAAAAGAUCUCUGGAAACAUAGACACCCCUGAAGGAGGCUUUGACGCCAUGCUUCAGGCUGCUGUCUGUGAGAGUCAUAUUGGAUGGCGAAAAGAAGCUAAAAGAUUGCUGCUAGUGAUGACAGACCAGACAUCACAUCUUGCUCUUGACAGCAAAUUGGCAGGUAUAGUGGUGCCGAAUGACGGAAACUGCCAUCUGAAAAACAAUGUCUACAUCAAAUCGACAACCAUGGAACAUCCAUCAUUAGGCCAACUUUCUGAAAAGUUAAUAGACAACAACAUAAAUGUCAUUUUUGCAGUUCAAGGGAAGCAGUUUCAUUGGUACAAGGACCUUCUGCCCCUUUUGCCUGGUGCCAUUGCUGGUGAAAUAGAAUCCAAAGCUGCAAAUCUCAACAGUUUAGUAGUAGAAGCCUACAAGAAACUCAUCUCAGAAGUGAAAGUGCAGCUGGAAAAUCAGGUAUACGGUGUCCAUUUUAACAUCACUGCCACCUGUCCAGAUGGGACCAGAAAGCCAGGCAUAAGUGGGUGUGGAAACGUGACAAGCAAUGACGAAGUUCUUUUCAAUGUAACAGUUGUGAUGAAAACAUGUGAUAUCAUAGGAGGAAAAAGAUAUGCAAUAAUCAAACCUAUUGGUUUCAAUGAAACCACUAAAGUCCAUAUACACAGAAGCUGUAGUUGCCAGUGUGAGGACCACAGUGGACUCAAAGGGCUGUGUGCACAAGCUGUCCCAGAUCCCAAGUGUCCACAGUGUAAUGACAGCAAAUGUCAUUUUGAUGAAGACCAGUUUCCUUCUGAAACUUGCAAGCCAAAGGAGGAUCAACCUGUCUGCAGUGGCCGAGGUGUUUGCAUCUGUGGGAAAUGUUUAUGUCACAGAACCAAGCUUGGAAGAGUGUAUGGUCAGUACUGUGAGAAGGAUGACUUUUCCUGUCCCUAUCUCUAUGGGGAUGUGUGUGCUGGGCAUGGGGAGUGUGAAGAUGGCAGAUGCCAGUGCUUUAAUGGCUGGGAAGGGGAUCGGUGUCAGUGUCCGUCAGCCUCAGCACAGCACUGUGUCAACUCCAAGGGCCAAGUUUGCAGUGGGAGAGGCACCUGUGUGUGUGGCAGGUGUGAGUGCACCGAUCCCAGAAGCAUUGGCCGCCUCUGUGAACACUGCCCAACCUGCCAUCUCUCCUGCAGUGAAAAUUGGAAUUGUGUACAGUGCCUUCACCCUCACAAUCUGUCUCAGGCUGUUCUUGGUCAGUGUAAAACCUCCUGUGCUGUCAUGGAACAGCACCGCAUGGACCAAACAACAGAGUGUUUAUCUGGCCCAAGCUAUCUGCGAAUAUUUUUCAUCAUAUUCAUAGUCACAUUCUUGAUCGGGUUGCUUAAAGUUCUUAUCAUUAGACAGGUGAUACUACAAUGGAAUUGUAACAGGGUAAAGUCCUCAUCAGAUUACAGAAUGUCUACUUCCAAAAAGGAUAAACUGAUUCUGCAGAGUGUUUGCACGAGAGCUGUAACGUACCGUCGAGAAAAGCCUGAGGAAAUAAAAAUGGAUAUCAGCAAACUAAAUGCUCAGGAGGCUUUCAGGUGCAACUUCUAAAGAAAGAUUAACAAAGCAACAAAAACUGUUGGAAGCUGGAUAUUUUUACACAAUUUAUUCUAGCAAGUAUAAUAUAAAGUCACAGGAGGAGACAAAUUAUUGAAGAGUAUGCCAUGAAGACUGGCAAGUGUCUUUACAACCAUAUGACUCACUCAGCUGCUGAAGUUUUCAGUGAAUUAUGUGUCUUACUACUGUUGGAGACUAGUGUUAUAGCACUUUACUGUAAUAUAUAACUUAUUUAGAUCAACGUAGAAUGUAGAUCAUCUGGAAAGCACUGAUCACACUUUACAGGUACCUGUCAGCCCUGCACUUCUUAAACAGACACAAGGUUAUGGAGCAGGAUGCAUGGUGUCACCACCACAGAGCAGUGAUCCUUGUGUACAACUUGCUAAUGAAAAGCAUCCAGGAGUAGUUGAAAGCAGUCUACCACACCCAACAAUUGGCAUUGCCUAGCUGUGCCACACCCAACAAUUGGCGUUGUCGAGCUGUGCACAACCAGCUGACUAAGCCUUAGGGUUUCAUUUCAGCUGAGGUGGACAGAUAAACUUUAACCUCAGUGGUAUUGCUCUUGAAGCUGUGUGGUUUGGUGCAUGCACAGGUCUGUCUUCUUUGAAGUGCGUGGUUUGGUGCAUGCACAGGUCUGUCUUCUUUGAAGUGCGUGGUUUGGUGCAUGCACAGGUCUGUCUUCUUUGAAGUGUGUGGUUUGGUGCAUGUACGAAUCUGCUUUCUUCUCUUUUGCAAAAUGGAUUUUGACUCCAACAUCUUUUCCUUUUUGCAUUUAAAUUUUGUUUUUCUUCCUUUGGAAUAAGUUUAUAAUGUCACAAAUGACUGGAUUAAAUAAGUGCUAAGUUACUACUGCCAUAGAAACCUAUAUGACAAUGUCACUUUAUUAGAAUACUGGUUUUUAAACCUGAAUGUUAAUAAGGGUCACUGUAAGGUGUCAUCUAAGUCCAUAGCUUCUUUGUCUGGACAUAGUUUAUAUUUUCUUACUUGUCAAACUGGAUGGAUUGUUUCACUCUGUCAUUGAUCUGACCUGUAGCCUGAAAUCCACAAGGUGUCUACAAAACUGCUUUAAGCAGAGUAUCCUCUUUUCUGAAUAUGUUCUCUUGAUUUUUACUCCAAGAUGAUUUCAACAGUUUUCAAAUGGAAAGCUGUAUUAUUCUUGCCCUCCUGUGAACUCUAAGGGCAUUCCUUGAAUCAUCCUAACCCUACUCAUGAGAGUUCACAAAGGUAUAAAAUUGGACAAGUGAGGGUAUUAGCUUGGAAACAAGCUAAUCCCCAGUUUUUGUUAACCAGGAAAUGGGGGCUCAGAAAAUUAAAAUGAUUUGACAAAAGCACAGAUGCAGAGAAAUCAAAGUAUCAGAGAAGAGCUGCCUUCCAAUUACAGGCCAGCAUUGGACACUAAUACUCUACCUCUUGAAUCUGCAAAAUAUCCAUGGCAAAAUUUAAAAUAUGAUUUAUUCAUUUCCUGAGUAUUUUUCUUGAGAAUAUUUCAAAGCAAAGUAGAAAAGGGUACUGUGCAUAAGCGGCUUCUAGUGUUUGCCAUUAGCCACCUUCUGAUAAGGCUUUCGGUGCAGCCCUUCCCUCUACAGUGGCUUACAAGAACAAGCCUGCAGCUGGCCAUGGCUCAGCUUUGAUCCAGAGGCUCGUGACUUGAAUUCUAAAUUCUAACUGUCCUUUGUGUAGCAAGUGUCUCACCUGUGACAACAGAGGAAUCUAAAGAGUGUCUCUUCUCAGUUUGCUGCACUUGAAAGAUCUAGAUAUUAGCAUGUUAAUGAAGACUAGCCUCCUUUAGGUUUUACACCCUGGGGCCUGGCAAGCCUGUAUAAGUCAUUCUCUAGCCAGCAAACACAGAUGUGUCCCUUAGCAGAGCAAUGACAAUGCUCUUGACUUGAGUGUUUUUUUAAGUCGAGAUGGGCAUUGUCAAAAUACUGUGACUGCAUCUAAAGAAACUGUGCUCACUAAAGCUGAUGUGAAAAUCCUACUUUGCUGCUCAGAACAGGAUCCUUUUAUAAAUAUAUAAAUUAAUGGAUGCUUGGCAGUUCCCCGCCCCCAAAGGAAGAUAUCCAUUAAUUAAAUGCUAACAACUAAAAAGUGAACAAUGUUUAUGAACAAUGAUUUCCAUAUGAAAUAAGCAAAAGAGCAUAAUCAAAGAGAAUCCUUGAAAAACAAUGAUUUGUACAUUUUUAGGUCCUCACUAGCUUGCACUAAUUUUAAGAUUGACCAAGGCUGUUGCUAUGGGAAAGAUGAAUUUCCUUGCCAGGAAUUCAGUACUGGAUGAUAAUAUAAUGUCUUGUAGCCUCUAUUUCUCUUCUUUAUGUUAACUUAAAAAGCUAAUUUUUAAAAGAUUGUAGGGCUUAUAUUUUACUUGAAUAAUUGUUCUGUUUAAUAGUUUGUGAGAAGAGAAUUAAUAUUUGACUAGGUAGAAUUAAUUAACAGAUAAGGGGGAACAGGGUAUUCUUAGAUUAAAUAAUUUAUGUAUUUUUAGACUAUUUGCAAACGCUAUGACCACAUGAGUCUUUUGAGUUGUAGAUAGUAAAUGCAGUUAAUUUAAUUUUAAAUUGUUAGCAAAAUGAAUAACUUGAGUGAUUUUUUUUUUUGGUCUGUCAGCAUUUUUGUCAGCAUUUUGUGCCCUGCUGUGUAAUUAUUCAAAAAUGUCCCAUAUUUCCACUACAUAAGCAAAUAUAUACAAGUUAUUUCUUCUGAGACAUUUUUACACUGCAGUAAACAUGUAUUUAUAAGUAUUUGAUACAAUUUUUAGGUAUUUUCUACUAUUUAUUAAGCCAUAUACAUUCUCUGAGAGACUUAAAAGUUUGUUAAAAAUCUAUGUCCCACAUGUUCAAUUUAACUUAGUUUAUAAAAAUAACAAAAAAAAAAUUAGGUAUCUCUGGAGGCAAAUUUUUCAAAAUUUACAAAUUAAAAUUGUGUAUAUAUCAAAUGCAAAACCACCAAAGAAUAAAAUUCAAAUAUCUUUUAAUAUUUACUAAAUCUCCAUUAAUGAUAUUCUUUUAUAUGUCAACAGACAUCUGUGAUACACUGAAAGCAUUUAUUCUUGCUAGAUUAUGAAUGUUUUUCUCAGUAGAAUUAUAUUUCUUCUGGUACUUGGUAGACUAGCUUAUACUCUUCCUUCCUUCCUGUCUCUUCCCAUCCAGAUAUCUCUAGAAAUUGCCUAUAAGCUUCAAGCCAAUAAGCCUAAUUUUGAAAAAUAACAGCUUAACAAUUUAACUAAGUUCUUCAUUUCCAAAGAUCUCUUAUUAAUGUCAGCACCCAUUUGAACAAAUACAGCCCCCCUGAAAACAAAGAAUUUUAAAUUUUCACAAUGCUGUGAUUUAUGUUUUUAUAAAGGUAGCAACUCACUAGGAAGUUCAAUGAUAUGCAUACUAUAUUCUCUUUGUUUACUCUUGAUACUUAGUUUAUAGCUAUCCUAUGUCCUUAUAACUGUAAAAACAUCAUUUUAUGUAAUGCAAACAUUUUCAAAGAAAUAGGACUAAUAGUCCUUCAAAUCCUUUCCUUCUCAUCAUCCAUAAUCCCUGCAUGGCAAAUUAGUUGUGGAUAACUGAUUAGACAUACCUACUUGUGUGUCUUCCUGAUUCUAGAAGACAUUUUUUUUUCAAUUUAGCAUCCCCCAAAUUGUGAUAUCUCUUGAAAUAUUCAUCUGCAGUGUAGUGUUUAUAGUUGUUUUGAGAUAAACACUACACUAAUUAAAUAUUUUAUGGAUGCAGUCCUUUCAUAUAAAUGUUUAUGAGUUCAUUUGUGAUGACAUGUGAAGCCAGUUUUUAGUACAGUGAACCACAUACCACUCAAUGAAGAUCUAACUGGAUAUCAGCUCAGAUCCUUUGAAUCCUUGAGUUACAAAAGGUCUUUCAGGCUCCCAUUUAUAUACCUUCUGCUAACAGCAGUGAUUUAGGCAAACUGAAAUUAACUAAUAAGGUGUGGAGUUUCUUGGGCUUUCAUUUAAGGAUCUUUAGCAUUCUCAUUUCUUUUGAAAGGAUUGUUUGAAAUGAUCAUCUCACUUUUAAAUAAGUUAACUGGAAAAAAAGGUUACAUAAAAACAUCGUAGUUAGAUUUCACAGCACCUUGUAAGUUUGAUGCCAGUUGCCAGAGACUAAAAUGAUGCAACCAUCUGGUCUUGAAAAUAUUUCCUCUGAUAUCUCACAACCUUCUCUUUUCAACUGAUCCUUUAUAUUCUUUGAUGUUUUCUUUGGCUCAAGUAAUUUUCCCUCCACAGCCCAUGUGAUGACUGUUAAAAAAUCUGCAGUUAAAAUAUAGUAAUUUAUGUGAAACAAUUGUUCAACUCUUUAGGCAGCUUUUGUUCAAAUAUGUGAGAGUAAUAACACUACUCUUAAAUACCUUCCUGCACAAAAUGUAGUUUUGUAAGCUAACUCUUUCAGCCACGUGUCUACUCUUCACAACCAAUGUCAAUACAACUGUGUAAUUCAUCAGUAUAAGAGAAAAAAAACACUGCAAUUAUCAAGGAUAGAAAUGCGAUUUCUGUAGAGAACUUUACCUCCUUUACACAUAUAAAUGUGAUUCUGGAAACAUGUCUGUACAAUGGCAGGUAUGGUACAUAGAUUUUCAUUGAAAUAUUGAAUAAAACUAUUUUCAUUCUAAAUUAUAAGAAAGUACAAAUUUGCACAUAUUAAUAUAGAAAUUCAUUUUGUGUAUAUUUAAUAUAUGUUUAAAGUUAUUUUAUAUGUACUAGCUUCUUCAUGAAGGUUUGUAAAUCUUUGCAAAAGCAAUUAGACAUGUUUUAAAAUCAAUAACAGUCUUUGUUUGACUUAAGAAAUACUGCCUUUGUAAAAACAUUUAAUAUAGAAUGUAUUUUUAAAUCAAUGUAUUUUAUAUUUGAAUAUAAAAUAGCUCAAAGAAAAACAAAUUCUUCAUGAACACAUUUUAUGUUAUUUCUGGCCUUGAUUAUAUGAAAAGUGAAAUUGCCUUAAAGACAGAAGAUUGGUAAAUAUGACAAUUUCACAUACUAUACUAUGAAUCUCUUUGAAUAACUGACUGACUACUAACUUCUCUUUUAUGUAUUUAUUAAAAGCUGACACUGUACAUUGUUGUGAGAUGUUUAUUUUUCUAACAGAGCUUAUAACAGUUGUGACACAGCAUUUAAUUGAUAUAACAGUCUGUUUAAAUGUAGGUAUUAAUCGAUAUAAAAUUCUAUGUUUUAAAAUAAAACUUUAAAGAUCUAAUAAAAACAUAAAGAAUA